GGAACACAGAGCUUCGUGCAAUUGGAGUUUCCCGAUGUCAGUCAACAGCAGCUUUGCCACCACCUCUCCUGAUUCUCGACUCCGCUGCUGCUGCACUUGGCGACCAUAUCGGCCGUCAGGGAAAGAAAUGCCAACGGGAUGAGGGGAUCGUAGGCCAUGUAAAUACAAAGUAUCAAAUGUUUACGCCUUCAUCGACAAACCGAUGCGCAGUUUGCUUUUCGAUUAUCGCAGUUAUGUUCCCGGUCGUCUCCCGUCCGUCUGUUUUAUCUAGCGCCGUGUCUAGCCUCGGGAAAAUGUACCCGACUAUUCUUGAUAGCCUUUUUUUCGCAAACAAAAGAAGACACCCGAAAAAACAAUAAAAGAGCACGACAGAAGGAUCGUUCCAGGUGCCCCCGCCUCAUGGAGAAGGUUGGCAAGGUGUGGAGCAACCUGAAGAGAGGGUGUCAGUCUCUGCUUCACACAGAUGGGGGUUCUCGUGUUGAAACAUCACCACAGCAUCAACCACAAACAGACACGGUAUGCCACAGUGUGGACGGAGCCCAGGGCGACAUCACCCUAGAUGCCAACAGUCCCUCUAGCAGUGUAGCAGCACUUCCUCUAGUGGCAUGGAGGACCAGUGGGAGUGUGACACGGCGAGGCCAUAACUGUGUAGCAGAUGUACCCCAGAUACUGGAGAUCACUGUCGAGCAGGAUGCUGAUGAUGCUCGUGCUCCACUGGGAGCCCGCAGAGACUCUUAUUCACGUCAUGCACCUUGGAGCGGAAAAAAGAGACACUCGUGUUCUACUAAGGCUCAGAGUUCUCUAGAAACCACCGAUCGACGAUCAGGCCGGUCUCGACGCAGACAUGGGACUAGUAACAGCCCUGAGGAGUUGGAGUCAGGGACAACACGUUCAAUUCGCCAGCAAAUCCAUGAUACGGUGGGACUAUGCCUCCCACUACGCUCAUCUUCUCGAAAUACUCACCUACCACCACCCAAACGCAAGAUACAAAUUACGGAGCUGAUGCUGGAGACAUGUCCAUUUGCACCAGGAUCAGACCUUGCCAGAAAAUGGCACCUUAUUAAACAACACACUGCACCUAUCAACGUGAUUCCAUUGGAUUCAUCCCCGGAUGCAUGUGGUGCUACCUGUGCAUCCCCGGAAGAUGAAGAGGAGCGUUUGCGAGAAAGGAGGCGACUUAGCAUUGAGGAGGGUGUGGACCCACCUCCAGAUGCUCAGAUCCACACAGUGGAGGCCAUCACAGCCCCUUUAGCUUCUCUUUAUAAGCUAGGACCGAAGCUUGCCCCUGGAAUGGGUGAGGCCGUAGGCGAUAGCCGAGGUGCAGCAGCAGCUAACUGUGACUCUGAGGACGAUGAAACCACCACACUUUGCUUGCAAGCUCGCAAGCCCAAGCAGUGGCAAGCUUCAGGAGAGGGCCAUCCAAGCAGCAAGCAACCGGGUCCUUGGAAAGUGCACACCCAGAUCGACUAUAUCCAUUGCUUGGUUCCAGAUCUGCUGCAGAUCACAGCCCUUCCCUGUUACUGGGGUGUGAUGGACCGUUACGAGGCUGAAGCACUGCUAGAUGGUCGACCAGAGGGAACUUUUUUGCUGCGUGACUCUGCUCAGGAAGACUACCUAUUUUCUGUUAGCUUCCGUCGAUAUGGUCGUUCACUGCAUGCACGCAUUGAGCAGUGGAAUCACAACUUCAGCUUUGAUGCACACGACCCCUGCGUGUUCCAUGCAGCCACUGUCACCGCACUCUUGGAGCACUACAAGGACCCUAGCGCUUGCAUGUUCUUUGAGCCAUUGCUCACUGUGCCUCUGCACCGGACCUUCCCAUUUGGUCUGCAAAGCCUGGCUCGAGCCGCAAUUUGCCAUGGGAUCACCUACGAUGGCAUCGGGGCACUACCACUGCCCCCUGCUUUGCAGGACUACCUCAGGGAGUAUCACUAUAAGCAGAGGGUGCGUGUACGCUGGCUUGAGCGGGAGCCGGUCAAGGCCAAGUGAGGAAGGCCAGAUACUGUACUUCUCAUCUCUGCAUCAAGAGUAAUUCAUUCACCACUUUGCAGAGGUGAAAGAAUUACACACUUUUUGGGAAGGGGUCAGAUGUUUGGGGUUGGAAGAAAGGAGGGACCUGAAACUGAACACUAAGUUUCUAUCAUUAUUUUUUUUUGUUAUCACUCUAACAAACAAAUAAGUUACAUAUACAAGCUCUCCAGUGUGCACAUUUCACUACAGCUUCUGGACUAGGAUGAAGCAGCCGAGGUCUUGGUCUCAUUUUCUUUCUUUCUCAGUUCCCAUGGCCGUUUUCUAAGGGGGAUUUACAGAUUCAGCUAUUUUUAUGCCUCUCCACCCUUUAAAUGUUUGACUGGUUUAUAGCCAUUUCACUUUUUUUUCUGUUGUACCGUUCACCUCCCUGCCUCCCCAUAAUUCCCUUGCAUCGAAAUUGCAUUGUUAGUGUUUAUUUAAAGUAACAUUGUGGACAAAUUCUGAGGGCAGAGGAGAAGUUUGGUGAUGUCCAAAUAUUGCUUUUUCCAGCUUCUUUCAUCAUCCUUAGAUUUCUUGGUGCUCUGUC